AUGGGGAAGGUGCUGCUGGGCAAGGCCCACCGUUUAUGGCUGGUGUCCGACCUGGAUGGGCCAAUGGUGGACCACGACGACGGCACCCACGACAAGCUGCGCGCCUUCAACCGCCUCUGGCUGGCCGAGUUUGCAGCCGACUCGGUGCUCGUCUUCUCCACCGGGCGCUCGCCUGAGCUGUUCCAUGAGCUGGCGGGCGAGGUGCCGCUGCUGACGCCCGACAUCCUGGUGUGCUCCGUGGGCACCGAGAUCCUCAUCAACGGCCAACCGGACGAGGAGUGGGAGGCGUACCUGAACCAGGGCUGGGACCGGCCGCGCGCUGCGGAGAUUGCGGCGCAGCUGCCGGAGCUGGUGAUGCAGCGAGACAGCGAGCAGCGGUCCCACAAGAUCAGCUACAAGCUGAGCGUGCCCGACCCCGAGCGUGUGCUGGGCACGCUGCGAUCCGCGCUGGCGGCCGCCGGCCUGGACACUGUUGUGAUCUUCAGCGGCGGCGUGGACGUGGACAUCCUGCCCAGCCGGGCCUCCAAGGGCAAGGCGCUGUCCUUCCUGCUCAAGCAGCUGGAGGAGAAGGCAGGCAGCCUUCCGGCGGCGGGGGUGAUGGUGUGUGGCGACAGUGGGAACGACAUCGAGCUCUUCGUGGUGCCAGGCAAGCCGGGAGCCAGCUCAUGCGUGCAUGGCUGCAUGGUGGCCAAUGCGCACCCGGAGCUGCGGGAGUGGUGUGAGGCCAAUAUGCACGACCGCAUCUUCCGCGCCACCCGCAACGGCCCGGGCGGCAUCGUGGAGGCGCUGCACCACUUCAGCUUCCCCAACCCCUCCAAGGCCGACACGGUGCACCGGAGGCAGGCGCUGGUGGGCAACCUGGCUUGGUACGAGGACUGGUGCAACGCCAGCAUCCCAAAGGACGAUGCCGCGUGCAUGGAACAGAUGCAGCUCAUGGAUGAUAGCUUCGAGUAUGUGCACCCCAGCGGCAACAUCAUGACCAAGCAGGCGUUUGUAGAAUGGUUCUCGACUGAGGGCUAUGGCCACACAGCAUCAGCGGCCACGGCCACGGCUUCCCCCAGCAGCGGCGAUGCGGCAGCCACCGGCAGCGGCAGCAGCAGGUACUGCAUGUGGCUCGACCGCUACAGCGAGCGCCAGCUGGCGCCAGGAGUGUGGCUGGCCCGAUACAUGGAGCUGCACCAGCCCUUUGCAGCGGGGAAGCACACCAGAGAGCAGCGCAACGGGCGGUGGGCUAGCGUCGUCUUGAACCAGCUGGCAGACGGCACGUGCCGCAUCUCCUACAUCCACGAAUCGCUGGUGCCGCAAGCAAAGGCGCGAGCCUGA